UUAGUGUGUACAGUGUUUUUGUUUGUUUUGUUAAAUAUCUGUAGCCUAUUGCUUUACAAAAAACAUGAUGCGCAAAACAUUUAGCCUACUUAUUCAAUUAGCUAAUGGUUUUCAUAGGGUAACUCAUUAGGAUCAUGCCAUAGGAGCUUACCUUAAAUGUAAGAACACAACUUUUAGACACACUGCCUCACUCAAUAUUAAUAACUUUAACAUGUGUUUGUGCGUAAAACAUCCAAAACUUGGAAUUCUUACGCACCACAAUGGAGACGCGUGGCGCACGUCAACUCAGUGGGAAUUGUGACUACAACACAACACAAAUCUGAAUGGCACGGUCGUAUUAGUUGACUCUAUUGAAAAAGGCAAAGCUUAAAACUUUCCUCAUUGUUAAUGUCUGGAAAUGUAGUCCUUUAAAGUUGUUGUAUUUCCUAUGAUGUCUGGUAAAACGGAAAGCAGAUUUUUUUUCUUGGCACCCAGUUUCCUGGAAUAACUGUCACCACCCUUUUAAAUGGUAUUUUCAGUGUUUUCAAGGCUUCCGGCUCAUCUUCAGGAAUUUGGAUUUCAUAGCUGCUCAUUUUCAAAUGUUGUACAGGAUAUAACAUGCACUGAUAGGUCAUCAUUUUUCUUUAGCAGAGUGUGUGCUGUUAAACCUUAAUUUUCUGAAGGCUACUGGCUGCCAGCUUAUGCGUUAUUACGGGUUAAUCAAAUGGUACAAAUUAUUAUCUAAUUGAUUUUGGCAAGUUGUGCUGAAAGAUUAAAAAGCAUCAUGGCCAUGAAAUGUAUCUUGUGCCUUAGCAAGAUAGCACCCCAGUGUCUGGCGUGAAGGCAACUUUUUGUUGUGUUUGCGUCCGUGACGUGACUUGGGACCUUGAGCGAGUUGGGCGUGCUUUUGAGUAGAGGGCGUGUGGAGUUUAAAAGCCUGGUUAGGCAAGGUGCGCACUUUCUUUGCUCUUGCAUCGGACAGCGGCUCAGCUACCACACAGAGUGACCUGGGAUUGGGACGUGAUCCUUUCUUGGCAUUGAUUCCGAGCCCCUCCUCUCUUCACCACCCCAUCUCCACAUCUCUCCGCCAGCUGUCCUUCGCCGUGUGUGUGAAUACCCAAAGCGCACACGGACUCACAACCAAGGCAAAACCUGCGCUUUUGGACUUGUCCAGGCCACACCGCAUCCCGUCAGCUGAGGAAGCCGGUUGCCGACCCCCCGCACGCUCGCAUCCCCUACCUCCCUCUACCCUUCCCUCCACCCCUCCCUCCCUCCACCACUACUCAAGCCCUCUGAUGGAUCUCCGGCCCGCUUGCCUGCUGCUGGGGACCGUGCUGCUCGUCCUGACCGUGUCCGUGAGCCCGGGCCGGGCUGAGGAGGUGGAGAAGACCUACACCAACACCUGGGCCGUCCACAUCCCAGGCGGCGAGCAAGAGGCCAGCCGCAUCGCAGACAAGCACGGCUUCGUCAACCUCGGCCAUGUGUUUGGCGAUAUCUACCACUUCCGUCACCACCGGGUGGAGAAGCGAUCCCUGUCCAACCACCAAGACUUCCAUGAGCGACUGGAGAGUGAAGCCCAGGUGACUUGGGCGGAACAGCAGGUGGUGAAACGGAGGACGAAGAGAGACAUUUACUCGGAGCCGACGGACCCAAAGUUUGCACAGCAGUGGUACCUGUACAACCCUAACCGCCACGACCUGAACGCCAAGGGGGCCUGGGAGCAGGGCUUCACAGGAAGAGGAGUGGUGGUGUCCAUCCUGGACGACGGCAUCGAGAAGAACCACCCAGACCUCAUCAAGAACUAUGAUCCAGAUGCCAGUUAUGACGUGAACGAUGGAGACUCUGACCCCCAGCCACGCUACACACAGCUCAACGACAACAGGCAUGGAACACGCUGUGCUGGAGAGGUGGCGGCUGUGGCCAACAAUGGCAUCUGUGGAGUGGGGGUGGCCUACAACGCCCGCAUUGGAGGCGUGCGUAUGCUGGACGGUGAGGUGACUGACAUGGUGGAGGCCCAGUCCCUGAGCAGGAACCCGCAGCACAUCCACAUCUACAGCGCCAGCUGGGGCCCCGAGGAUGAUGGGAAGACGGUGGACGGACCCGCCAAGCUGGCCAAGGAGGCCUUCCUGCGAGGUGUUACCGAGGGUCGUGGCGGCCUGGGCUCCAUCUUUGUGUGGGCGUCGGGUAACGGCGGCCGGGAGAAGGACAGCUGCAACUGUGACGGCUACACCAACUCCAUCUACACGCUGUCCAUCAGCAGCAGCACGCAGUACGGCAACGUGCCCUGGUACAGUGAGGCCUGCUCCUCCACCCUGGCCACCACCUACAGCUCCGGAAACAUCAACGAGAAGCAGAUCGUAACCACUGACCUGAGGCAGAAGUGUACUGACUCCCACACGGGCACCUCAGCCUCCGCCCCUCUCGCUGCUGGCAUCAUCGCCCUCGCUCUGGAGGCUAAUAAAAACCUGACAUGGAGAGAUAUGCAGCAUCUGGUGGUGCGGACGUCUCGCCCCGCCCACCUGGCGACGGACGACUGGAAGACCAAUGGCGUGGGCCGUAAAGUGAGCCACUCCUAUGGUUACGGUCUCUUGGACGCCGGGGCCAUGGUUACCAUGGCGCAGACCUGGACCAACGUGGGGCCCCAGAGGAAGUGCGUCAUCUCCAUGAUGAGCGAGCCCAAGAACAUUGGCGGCCAUCUUGUGGUGACUAAGAGCCUGGAGGCGUGCGCAGGGCAGCCCAACUUCAUCCGCUCUCUGGAGCACGUGCAGGCCCAGCUCACCCUGUCCUACAACCGCAGGGGCAACCUGGCCAUCUAUCUCAUCAGCCCCACGGGCACCAAAUCCACACUACUCGCACCCAGACCUCAUGACUACUCCUCAGAGGGCUUCAACGACUGGGCCUUCAUGAGCACCCACUCCUGGGACGAGGACCCGCGCGGGGAGUGGACACUGGAGAUCAGGAACGUGGCCGGGGCCAGCGACUACGGCACUCUGACCCAGUUCAUGCUGGUCCUGUACGGCACCGGCCCAGACACUACAGAAUCGUCCAGUCCAGACCUCACUCAGGCCAACAACGGUAGCUGCAAGACCUUUGACCUCAACCAGAAUUGCAUUGAGUGCAGCCCUGGGUUCCUGCUGUUCCAGCAAGGCUGCGUGAGCGCCUGCCCCGCCGGCUUCACGGCCAGCCCAGAGCCCCUCAAGUACACGCAGGGCAACUGGGUCAACCCGCCCUCCGUCCAGACGUGCCAGCCCUGCGCCGCGGCCUGCCUGACCUGCCGCGGCCUCACCCCGCAGGACUGCCUCACCUGCCCGCCCCACAACCAGCUGGACCCGGCCACGGGCACCUGCUUGCACCUCAACCAGAUCGAGCGCGAGUCCCCCGACACGCUGGCGCGCGGUGAGGCUGCCGCGGGGGCAUCCGGGCCCCUGGAGCUGGGGGCCGGGGACUCUGACACAGCUGGUGGGGCUGCGGAGGCCGGGUCAGGGGGCGGCAGCAGGUGGUUCGGCGGCGCCCUGGACAAGUCGUCGCGCAUGCCGGCCACGGUGGCCGUGCUGAGCUGUGCCUUCAUCGUGGCGGCGUUUGUGGGCGUGUUUGCGGCACUGCAGCUGCGCGCCAACGCGGCGCCCAAGCGGCUGCUGCUGGCUGAGACGGGCGCCGGGCUACGGCAGGGCCUGAAGGACCUGGGCCUGGGUCUAGGCCUGGGCACGGGCAACGUCAUCUCCUACAAGGGCAUCCCCAGCGUCUGGCGUGACGACGGAUCCGACUCGGACGUGGACGAGUUUGACGCCCACAACGAGAGGACUGCCUUUAUCAAAACACAAAGUGCUCUUUAAUGACCUUUGAACCCUUCCACCCUCCCUCCUACCUGCCUCCCUUUCCGACAUGCCUUGGGUUCUUCUUGCCCCCUCCCCACUCCUCACUGCGACCCUCCCCUUCCUCCUUCCUUCCUCCCCUCCUCUUUUCCCAACCCCAAGUCUCCAGUUUUUCUAUCUUAAAACUUUGCAGUGCAUAUACUGUAGUGCACCUCCCCCUCUCCACCCAACUCUUAUCACUCUUCAUUUCUGUCAAGGAGUUAUCAAAUAAUUUUGGCAUAUGUUUUGAUUUUGGAUUUUUUUGUGAUUGUCACUCCUCCUUCUUCAGCGGUUGUGUGGCAUUACUUUCACUAUUUUCCUCACUUGAUGAUGGUUUUUUGGGGUUUUUUUUUGGCCUCCCGACGCUUUCUUUCUCUGAAGUGUCUGUCCUUCUUCUCUUUCUGGGAUUUUUUUUCAGGGUCAAUCACGGUUUCUUGAAGGUGUCUUUGCCCACACGUUUGUAUCCUCGCUCAUGGCUUGAAUGUGACUUGAGAUUACAAAUCAAGAGCUCUCCCCGUCCGAGCUGGGAAAGUUAAAAAUAGAUGAUUUUUCUCCUAAUAUUUUAAUAAAUCACUCUCAUGGUUCUUUUUAGCAUUUUUGACACCCCUUCUCCACAGCCGUUCCCUUUUCAGCCUUCCCUUUUAUAUCAAGGUUGCCACUUGCCAGAUGAGAUUGUAAGUUUUAGGGGUGGAAAAGCAGGCUCAUCGACAUUUGUGUGUGUAUCCAUGCAUUCGUGCGUGUGAGUGUGCGUGUGCGUGCGUGCGUGUGUGUGUGCAUGCUGGGGUGAGGUCAACUUGAGGUGAUGAGUAGUGGCCCUCAGGGGUCCUUCCAGGGCCCUAUCAUGACUCAUGGCUCCUAAGGGCCGCCCAUCAGAGGAGCGAGGCUUAAAGAGGCCCAUCCACUUCCUCUUUAUCAUCUACGUGUGUCUGAGUGAGUCUGUGUGGAUGAGUAAGUGCUGAACAGACCGACAAAAGCUUUGCUCUGUUCUGUUCGACGGAUGAGGUGUUUCAAGAGAUUGCAGCAGCCUCCAGUCUUUCACACAGACACACGCGCACACACUUUCUCAACACACACACACACACAGACACACACACAGACACACAGAGACAGAGGCUUGAAAGAGACGGGCAUCAAAGUCGAUCUACACGCCUUUAAGACCCAAGACUUAAUCAUGGAUUUUCCGUGAUUUCAGUUGGGGUUAAAUGAACUUUAGUGAUCUUUUUUAUUGGGCACACACACUCACACACCCCUCUUUCACUCUCACACACACAUGCAGACUCACUCACACACACACACACACACACACACACACACACACACACACACACACACACACACACACACACACACACACACACACACACACACACACACACACACACAUACACACACAUACUCAUGCAGACUCACUCAUACACACACAAACAGACACUGCGUCAGCUUUUCUAUUGAGAAGUAGUGAAUUGUGUUCCUCGGUUGAAGUCUCAAUAUUGUAGUUGAGUAGGACAGCUCUCCACUCUGAACACUGCAAAUGAUUAGUAAUCAUCUACUAUCCUCUCUCACAGAGGCGUUUAUAUCACAACACACAGAAAAGCAAAACUUUUUUCUUUCUCAGUCUUUUCCUCCCCCUUAUUUAGUUUUUUUGCUUUAAUCAUCUCUCUGCAGCCAGUAUCCAUAGGGGCUUGACGUGCAGUUUCUCCUUUUUUGGUCUUCUUCAUAAGUUACUUUUCUUCUUCCUUUUAACAAACUUCAUCAAAAAACACUUCUGAAACUGCUGGAGUCUUUGAGGUCUGUCUUGUCUUGCACUGGAAGCUAUUUCUGUCACCGCAUUAUGGCCACCACAGCCCCUUGUAGGGGAAGUACUGAAGCCAAAAUAUCACAUUUGGGGACACCGCCUUACCAUAACCAUCCACUGCUUGACGGGCAAUAGAGCCUUGCUUUUGGUGUGUGAUGAGUACCAAGCCCAAAAUUCUGUGCAGACCCCUAUCUGGGCCAUAUAGUUCUCUUUCAUCCAUAUUGUUAAGUUUAUGCUGGAUGCUAGAUAAUCAUUUAAAACUUUUUAGCACAGUAUAGGUUUCUUAGUAGAAUUUUAGGUCCAAUAUCCAUGUUACGUCCUUGUUUUUCGGACAAUAGUCAUACCGAUACUUAUAAGUUUAAUUUAUCUUGAGGAUGGCCCCUUAUUUUGUCACAACUUCUCUGUAUUUCUACACUCUUGUUUCUGAGUUUAGUUCAGUUUGAUAGCUCUAUAUUUCAGUAGACAUACAAUUCCUCAAGAUGAAGUUGUCUGAGAACAUUUUUAGUUCAUCUAGCCACAUACUUGACACAUUCAGUUCUGAGACGCUUGUUCCUUAGUGUCUGUGCUAGUGAUUGAAGGAUUAGACAUCAUACAGAAUACUUGAUUGCAUUUGCUUAUCUCAAGCUGUGAGUUCCCCCUGCCAUACGAUCUGAGUACCUUCUCAUCUUAUCAUAAAAAAGGCUCAAAAUCGUCUUUCAUGUGGCCGUCAUAUCAUUUCUCAAUCUGAACACGAGCUGUGUGCGUCAUGUUGCAUUUAGACGAUCAAGGCAGGUGGAUGACUUAGAGAGAGGACGUGUCUUGAGUUUGUGCCUAUAAACCACUGUGCGAAAAGAUUUUUUUUUUCGCAUGGAGGUGUCAUGUUCUCCUUCCAAUGUUCUCAGAGAACAUAAACACACUGCAUUACUAUGAGGUAGGGCUGAGGAUAUACUGUGAGUAUUUCUCGGCUCCCCAACUUAGACUUCUGUAGAAAAAAGGAAAAAAAAACAAGAAAAAAAAAACUUCAAUCAUCUGUUUUCUGUCAAUGUUUUUUCUCUCCGUGAGGGACACAAUCAACAUUCAGCGUGGCAUAUCACAACAAGAUCAACAAGAAGACUGGCAUAUCAAAAAAUAUUUUUCUUGGAAUGACAUCUGGGGCGCAUUAACUUGUGUGCUGGAGCAGCUGUUGUGGUUGGAUUUUGUUGUUCUAGAGAGGCCAGUGUGUUCAUCUAGGUAGCAGCACGCGUCUUCACCUGAAAACCCUCUCCACAGUACCCCAGACAUUUUCAUUUUUUAAACUUUUUUUCUACUGUUACUUUGAAUGAUUUAAAGGAGGGGGUUAAAAUGAUCUAUCGUCUGAGAGUGGGAAAGGUGACGGGAUUGAUUUUUUUUUUCCUUUUUACACUUGAGCUUUCCUUAGCGAUGAAGAUUGCCGUAUUUUAUGAUUAAAUGUAAUUAAUGUAUGACUUGCAGUCAGUGGGUAAGUGUGUGAGAGAGAGGAGAGGGGGUGCUUGAGUCUAAAGUGGGGCCUUUUCUUAUUGAAGCAUUUUUAAUGGACUAUCAAUUUAUUCAUCUUUUCUAGUGCCAAGCUUCCCUUUGUCCCUACCCGCCCUUUGUUGCCCCAUCCUCCUUUCCUUCUUGCCCUCUCGCUCAUUCCCUCACCUCACUUUCUCCUUUCUCCCUCUUCCCCCUUUCCCCUCUCUCUCUCUAGCUCAUACCCUGGCUCUCUUUCUCGGGGAAGAGUUUUAUGGGAAUUGAAUUUAUUGCUGUAAUAUAUUGUUUCUGUGUGGGUGUGUGCGGAGGCUGAGGCUGGGCCGUGUGCCCUGAGCUCUCUGCUCUUGGUGAAGUCAUGGAGCUCUUAAGACCAGACCCCAGACCAGACCCGCCUCUGGCUCUCAG